CGCCGGGUGUCGGGGACGCGCAGGUCUCCACCCAGCCCCCGCCAGCAGCGCUCUCGGGUAACGCGGAGCGCCGGGCUGCACUGAUUGGAGAGUUUGAUCGGGAAAGAUCUCGUUUGGCGCAGGAAUGUCUCGCAGCUAGAGGCGCAGGCUCGGAGCGAGGUGGGCGAGCUGAUGAAAACGGCGAAAAAGCAGUAACCACCGUCGCCGAUCCAGGAAAAAUACUCGAUAUUUUUAGCGGCGACUGCGUGUGGGCAGCUUGGGGAAGCGCGGCGGAGACGCGCCCGGCGAAUCCCGGACGGCUGCCUGUCGCACCACGUAGGCUUGUGGACAAGGGGAUCAAGUGAAAAGGAACGUCGAGGCCUGCCAUCCCCCCCGCACCGGCUCUCUGCGGCCUUUGGGGGUCUCCUUGCCUUCACUCCCUGCUGCUGCUGCUGCUGCUGAAUCCUCUGGCCGACUGGGUUCUUCGGAUAGGCGGGAUUCCAGGUGUCUGACAAGAAUGACGAGAGUCUUGCUCUGGAUCUGUGUUCUUGGGGCCUGCUAUUCCCUCGCGUCCGCAGUGGAUGGGGGGCAGAACCCUGACCAUGUGCUCCAAGGCACGGGGGCACGGCCGGGCCCCGAUCCGCGGCAGUCCCGCUCUGGGGACGGCGCCACUGUGGCCCCUGAAGACGCGGCACGCUUCCUGACCUGCUACUGUUCAGGCCACUGCCCUGAAGAUGCCACCAACAACACCUGCAGGACCAAUGGCCAGUGUUUCGCCAUAAUUGAGGAGGAUGAACAUGGCGAACAGACCCUUACCUCAGGGUGCAUGAAGUACGAGGGCUCGCAUUUCCAGUGCAAGGAUUCCCCCAACGCCCAGACGAGGCGGACGAUCGAGUGCUGCCAGACUGACCUUUGUAACCGCGACCUUCGGCCGACUCUCCCGCCUCGUGUCCUGCCAGACCUGCUCAGCGGUGCCCACUGGGUGGCCUUCCUCGUGUCGGUGACCGCCUGCUGCUGCCUCCUCAUCAUCAUCACCAUCGUUUGCUAUUACAGGUACAAAUGGCAGACGGAGAGACAACGCUACCGCAGGGACCUGGAGCAGGAAGAGGCCAUCAUCCCUGUCGGCGAGUCACUCAAAGACCUCAUCAACCUGUCCACCUCGGCCAGCGGCUCUGGUCUGCCCCUACUGGUACAGCGCACCAUCGCCAAGCAGAUCCAGAUGGUUCGGCCCAUUGGCAAGGGCCGCUACGGGGAGGUGUGGCUGGGUAGCUGGCGUGGCGAGAAGGUAGCCGUCAAGGUGUUCUUCACACGUGAGGAGGCCAGCUGGUUCCGGGAGACGGAGAUCUACCAGACAGUCCUUAUGAGGCACGAAAACAUAUUGGGGUUCAUCGCGGCUGACAUCAAGGGCACGGGCUCCUUCACGCAGCUCUUCCUCAUCACGGACUACCACGAGAAUGGCUCCCUACACGACUACCUGAAGUUCAGCACGCUGGACGCGGCGGGAUUGCUGCGGCUCGCCUACUCUGCGGCCUGCGGCUUGUGCCACCUGCACACCGAGAUCUACGGCACGCAGGGCAAGCCGGCUAUCGCCCACCGCGACCUCAAGAGCAAAAACAUACUGGUGAAGAAGAACGGCACGUGCUGCAUCGCCGACCUGGGGUUGGCCGUCAAGUUCAAUAGCGACAGCAACGAGGUGGAUGUGCCCCUGAGCACACGGACUGGCACCAAGCGCUACAUGGCCCCUGAGGUUCUGGACGAGAGCAUGAACAAGAACCAGUUCCAGGCGUACCUCAUGGCCGACAUCUACAGCUACGGCCUGAUCGUGUGGGAGAUGGCGCGCCGAUGUGUCACCGGAGGCAUUGUGGAGGAGUACCAGCUGCCCUACGCCGGCAUGGUGCCCUCGGACCCCUCCUACGAGGACAUGCGGGAGGUGGUGUGUGUUAAGGGCCUGCGACCCGCCGUUUCCAACCGUUGGAACAGCGAUGAGUGUCUGAGGGCCAUGCUGAAGCUGAUGUCGGAAUGCUGGGCCCCUAACCCCGCCUCACGCCUGACGGUGCUGCGCAUCAAGAAGACUCUAGCCAAGAUGGUGGAGUCUCAGGACAUCAAGAUCUGAGCUGACGCUCUCUCCCCGGCUGCGGCCUGGAAAAACUCUUCCUUUUUUUUUCCUUCCCUCCUCAUGUUACAAUUACAAACUACAGCUUCACAUGGCGGCAGAGGGAGGAGGGAUCGGCGGUGAAUUGUGUAGACAGGGAAGAGGCGUCAGUUCCCAGAGCCAGAAGUCCCUCCCCUUUCCUGGAGAAGGCAACGAUGCAGGCUGCAAGCGCCACCUGCUGGACAAUACGGGCAGUGGCGCCGAUCUUUGUGCCUCUUGGGAAAGGACUCAUCCAGAGCCGGACGCCGUCGGCCAGGACAGUGGAGCCCUUCAAGCGUUUCGUCCUGCUGUGCUGCUUGAGGUCGCCGCCGCUGCUGCUUUCUGUGAAAGCUGUGGGCCAGCCAGCCUUGCGGUACUAUGGGACACACGGGUCACUCGCCUCACCGUGCUGGUCCGGAGAUCUGUGGGGUGAAGCUGUCUGACUCCUACACCCCCUCGGUCGGGGGAGGGGGGUGGUGAUUGAAUUUAAAAUGUCUGUUGUCCCCUAUUAAAGUUAAAAAAAAAAAAAAAAAAAAAAAAGGUUGUUUUGGGGAAAUAUUUGACUUCAGAGUAUUUAAAAAUGAAUCUUCCAUAAGUUAAUUUAGUAUAUAUAUAUUUUUUUUUAAGUUGCCCUUGUCAGUCGUACAUAAACAGCCUCAAAAAGACGUUGGGGGGGGAGGGUUUAACGAUAGUCGCUCAGUCAUGUUUAUAAUCUCUAUACGUGGUCAUUUUCUUUAUUUUUAUAAUGUGCAGAAAGAUUUAAUGGGAUAGUUUUCAUGAAACUGUUAGUCUUUUUCUGUCUGUAUUGUUAACAUGUAGAAACACUUUUAUUGUCACAUAACUGCUUUUAAAAAAAAUAUUUCCAGCAACCUCUUCAAAAUUAGUUUCUAGUCAGUGGGAUUUGGUCCUACCA